GAAAAAUACUAAGUUGUGAUGGUGCCAACUUUUGUAGUUUGCCAAUUCAGUAGGAAUUAACAAAUUUACAUGGACGACUACGAGAAGAUUUCAGUAGUUGGACGUGGAGCUCAUGGCGUCUGUUGGCUCUGUCAACGUAAAGAUGAUAUUUUCCGACAAAAGGUCAUUAUCAAAACAGUGGCGUUGGAGGGACUGGCCCAAGAGGAACAGAAUGCUAUCAUGGGCCUUAUUGUACAAGUAUUCCAGGCGAAGUUACGCUACUGAAGCGCCUUCAUCAUCCCCAUAUUAUUGGAUACUAUGAGUCAUUUAAGACCGAAAACGCUUUUUCGAUUGUCAUGCAGUAUGCCGAGGGUGGAACAAUGGACAAAAUGAUUUCGGAACAAAAAGGAAUCAAAUUUGUUGAGAAUACGGUGCUCAGUUAUUUCACACAGGUUGCUAUUGGACUUGAAUAUAUGCAUUCCAAACAAAUACUUCAUAGAGAUUUGAAAACGCAAAAUAUUUUGUUAAAUAAAAAACGAACUAUUGUUAAAUUGAGUGAUUUCGGAAUUAGUAAAGAGUUAUCAACAAGAAGUUUAGCAUCGACGAUUAUUGGCACACCGAAUUAUCUUUCUCCAGAAAUCUGUGAAGGCAGAGCGUACAAUCAGAAAAGCGACUUAUGGGCUUUGGGUUGUGUUUUAUAUGAACUUGCUGAAUUAAAACGAGCAUUUGAUGGCGAAAAUCUACCAUCAAUCGUCAUGAAAAUCACAAAAGGGAAACAUAAUCCAGUCUCUGAACACUGGAGUGAUGAUUUGAAGAGGUUGGUCAGUUCCAUCCUGGAUGUUAAUGAAAACAAAAGGCCUCUUCUCAAAGAGAUUCUUACAUGUCCUUUGAUCUUGCCCGUUUGUCUGGCAAUUAAUUUGGAUCUUGGUGCGUUACCAUCUUCGCCGCCUAAAAAAACUCGUCAAAUUGCUUCCUCGAAUAGUAGUAUUUUGCGCACACAACCUGUAGCAGUGAAAGCUAUAGCUUAUUAAACAGGUGAAAUUCGUGAAGUUGUGGCAAGCACAGUAUAAAUUAUGUGUCUUCGUUCGGAAACUGAUGAUAAGCCGAUUCUUAUUUUUAUUUUGUAUUAACAAGUUGUAAGGAUAAACAAGGUGUCGCAC